ACCACCACCCCUGGUCCUCGAAGUCUCCCGCGAUGACGAGAUGCACGACCCGAGCUUCAAACUAUCGUCCGUCAUGAGUUGAUCAUUCCACCACUGAACGCCCUGUUGCGGCUGCCUGCAACACCAAACACCACCACCGCGACAACCCCCUCGACAAGCUCCGGGCGCUGAGGAGAAGAAAAAGACAACAUGUCAAUAGCAAUCUGGCCUCGCCUGUCCCCAGAGGACCUGCUUCAAAAGAAGCAGGAAUCGCUCAGACGCGAGCUUGAAUGGAUCGUCACGGAGACCCACGCCGUCCUCAAGGACGUCCGCUACGGCCUGCAAGAAUGCUACGCCCUCCUGGCCCCCAUCGACCCGGGCAGCACCCUCGUCAUGAGCACGCAGCGUAACGAGCGCGUAAAGGGGACGGUGACGCGGGUCGGAACGCGGAUAGUCAAAGGGACAAUCCACCUCCAGCUCCGAACCCUCCCGACGCAGACGCUUACCCUCGACCCCUCGCACCCAAUUCACAUCGCCGCGCUAGAGACUAUUCACACCCAUCUCACCGAGUGCCUCGACCUCCUCUCCCUCACAGACACCCCGUCCCCCUCCACGAACCCCACGCAGCUCGCCGCCCAGCUCCGCAUCAUCGCCGCCUCCCUCGCCGAGUCCUCCUCCCUCCUCAAGGGCCCGCCCCCCAACCAGUCCGACCCCCGCUGGCAGACCGACUCGUGCCCGCCCGUCCAUUUCGCCCCGCUCCUGGGCCCCAGCAUCAGCUUCCACCUUGGCCUGCAGGAAUCGAGCUUGGUCCUCUGGCUGCGCGCCCUCGAACCCGUUGAUACGCCGGUGCACUUUGGUACCAAGCUCGGUCUGGCGCUGGGCACCGUCCGCCGACUCGAGCACGACGAGAUGGAUCGCCCGUUCCGCUUCACGUAUAGCACCGUGACGGACGGUGGGCUGAAGCACAAGCACGGCACCGGGCACCCGCGGAGCAGCGAGAACACCCCCAGCGGGCUGGGUACCCCGUCCAGCAACGGCGAGGCCAACGAGGUUUACGUGCGGGAAAAGGUCCGCGUCGAAAGCUUGCCGGACCCCAACCUGAUGUCGCUAUCCGCGAAGCUGGUUGCUUUGGGCCAUACACUGGCCAGUGCAAGGAGGAACCUGGCAGCGGUCAUGGGCGAGGAGUUUGACGAAUGAGGCAAGAGUCCUUCGUGGUCUGUAGUUGACAUUGGAUACCCCCCCGGGAGUUUGGCAGGGAAAUAGAAUCAUUGCGCCUUGGCCAAGGCUAUUGUUUUUUCAAAUUCCUAUGUCCUGGUUCUUUGA